AAGACAAUCACAAGACACCCAGGUAUAUCCUCGUUAUUCUAUUUAUAUACAUAUAUAUGCUCAAAAUAAUAAUGCCUUUAAUAUUCUACUUUCUAUUAUUUUCUCUAUAAUUAUAAAUACUAAAUUUUAAAAUAUUUUUCAUACAAGAAAAAAAAAAGUAUAGCUAAUUUUGAUGUAUAAUAUAUAUUUUAUUCUAUUUUUUAGAUUGGGCUAGAUUACCAUGCCAUCUUCUUGAUUUAAUUUUGGAAAAAUUGGAGUCUUUCAAAGAUAUUCUACAAUUUUAUGGUGUGUGUGUUUCAUGGAAUUCUAUAGUAAAACACAAUAAAACUAAAUGUUUGAUGAAGACUUCACACCAAGUUCCCAUGCUUAUGGUUCCUAAUAGAAAACAACAUACUUGGGAUAUGUAUGAUCCAAUGACUAAUAAGUUCAAAGAAAUAUCUAAAUUACAUAUACCUUAUGAUAAGCGUUUUGGAGGAUCAUCACAAGGAUGGCUAGUAACUGUGAAUCGUGAUUUCACGGUUACACUAUACAAGCCUUACUCUACAGAUCAUGAUAGUGCAAUCAUCAAUCUUCCGUGUUUGUUUCCUCCAGAAGUUGAAGAUGGGGAUCUUGAAGGAUUGGAAGAUAUGAGAGAAUAUUGUGAUCAACAUAUUUACAAAGCGACAAUCACUGCAGAUCCAUUAAUAAAUCCAAAUGAUUAUAUGGUUGUGGUCAUUUAUUUACAUUGUUGGAAAAUAGCCAUUAUAAGUCCCGGGAGAGAUAAUAUUUGGAGAAAAAUUGAUCCAGAUGAAGAAAUAUUUAGUGAUAUAUUGUUCAAUAGCAAUAAGUUUUAUUUUCUUAAUCAUAAUCAUGACACUCUUUCAUCUUAUGAUAGUCGUGAGCCAUACUGUGGUACAAAAGUAACUUGGAAUAAUUCUGACAAUUGGUUUGGUAUCAAGUCUUAUAUUGUGAAGUCAUUUGAGGGAGAUAUUUUACAAGUGUUAAGACGUUGUGAAUGGAAAGAUAGUUUGACAAUACGACGUACUACAAAAGUAAAUAUUUUUAAAUUGGAUUUUGUUGAUGGAGGAGUAAAAAGGGUUAUAGUUAAAAGUCUAGGAGAUGCUGCUCUCUUUCUAGGAGAUAACUCUUCAAUAUAUGUGCGUGCAUCAAACUUUCUUGGAUGUAAAUCAAAUUGCAUCUAUUUCAGUCAUGACACUGAUUUAAUCUCAUACGGUCCUCAGGGAGUUCCUUGUGAUUGUGGCAUCUACAAUCUCGGAGAUAACAGCUAUAAAAAAUUUACAUUAUUAUUAGAUGAUGAAGAUUCAACAAUAAUUUCAAAAAUGGAGGCCCAACCACCCAUAUGGAUUCAACCUACCUUGAAUUUAUGAUUUAUAUUUUUUUUAUUAUUUAAUUAAUAUUGAUAUUAUUGGCACGACUACUAUGCAGGGGUCCACCCAAGUAUUGGACAGCUUGGGCCAUUGCACAAGGCUCCCUCUUUUUUAAGACCUACUUUCUUUUUUUUUUUGUUCUUUUUUUGAAAAAAAGCCUAUUUUUCUACUUUUUCGAGAAAUUAUAGUAAACAGUCCCAAUUCAUAAGACUAUGUUAAUAAAUGUUCUCAUUUCAAAACUUGUAGCAAAUGACUCUUUUAAAUUAUUUAUUAUGUAUAUUGUCUUAUUCCAUAUAUAUAAAAAAAAAAUCAAUAAUUUUUUUUUUCAUAUUUUUUUUAUAAUUAGAAGCAAAUUACUUAAUGAUUAUAGUAUAUCUAUAUUAGUUUUGUUAAAAUAUUUUUUAUUUGAAACUUAUGUCGAUUUUUUAAUUUUUGAUGAGCUGUUGUGGGUUGUUGGUAUAUGGAUUUUGUUGUACAAUAUAUUUCUGUUUUAUUGUAUAGUAUAUUAUCAUUCUUAGAUGAUAUUUAUUUUUUAUUUUGCUAUAUAUAAUCGUAGUAUAUAAUUUUAUUAGCAUAAUACAAAUAUUUUAAUGUAUGUAUAUAAUUUUAUUACUAUAGUAUAUAUAUGUAAUUAUUAUUUUUAUAUAUUUUAAUUGUAUGAUAUAUGUUUAUUUUAAAUAAUAUUUAGUUAGUUUCUAUUUUACUAUAUACAAUGGUGGUAUAUAAUCUUAUUGUCAUAGUAUAUAUAUUUUAAUUGUGGUAUAUAAUUUGGUCAGUAUAGUAUACAUAUAUAUAUUAUUAUUAUUAUUGUUAGUAUAUAUAUUUUGAUGAAUAGUUUAUAUAUUUUUUGUUAUACGACAUAUCAUUUUUUUUUAAAUAAUAUUUAUAUUUUAUUUUCUAUUGUAUUUUUGUCUUGCCACAAUUCUUACCACGUUUGUCUUGUUUGUGAUUCGAUUUUCGGUGUGUUUGUAGGGCUUCAGGGCUUUCAAAAUUCAUAGACAAUUUUUCGCACAUUGUACACCGAUUUUCUGGUUGAUUCUCUGGGGGAUUACCUGCAUUAAAUAUAUAGAAUAUUUUAUUUAAUAAUAGUGAUCCAAAACUUUCUGUAAAGUAUAAUUAUAGGACUUAACAUUAUUGAAGAAUUGUACAAAAAUGUAAGCUUCACACAUAUAUGUACAUUAAUAAUGUAUGGA